AUGACGGCGCUCUCACAGUCAGCAAACCCCGGCCAAUCCACCACCAACAACCUCCGGUCGUCAGUUCCAUCAGGCGAUAAUACAGUGGUGAUCUACUUCGAAAACUACCCAGACAAUUGGUUUUAUGAUGAUAUUGAAAAACACUUUUCCAAAUUCAAUAUCAACGGAAAGGUAACCCUAGCUAGAAGAAGAAACAGGGUUCAAAGGAGAUUUGGGUUCCUAAGAAUCAAGGAAGAUCGUAAUCUGGAGUUAACAUUACGUAAAUUGAAUCAAAUUUUUAUUGGUUCGUUUAGGGUUAGGGCUUUUCGUGCAAAAUUUCCUAAACCCUAUUCGUCAAAUUCCAUGCAACUUGAACAACGACCUACAGUAGCAGCUCCGGCUAGGUAUCUGAACAAGAGAAUUGAAUCCCCAUCAGCUAUUCACCUAGCUGCAUCCCCAUCAACUGCAAAUCGUGAUUCAAGGACCUAUGCUCAGGUUGUCACCAACGAAACUUUGAUAUUUGAAGCCUCCAAGAAUUUGCCAGAUCAUACUCUCAAUUCGUUGAUUGUUACGGUAUCAAGCAUGGAUAUGUUGAUGAUUAUCAAGGAUAAGAUGUUGGACCUGGAAAUUGUUUUCGAAUCAAUAUCUUUUCUGGGAGGUCUAUUCGUUUUGAUUCGUUUCCACUCCGAUUUCUACAUGGCGCGAUUCAGAAGUGAGUUCACGAAAUAUGAUUCGCUUUUUUCGACAGUUAUCCCUUGGGAGGACUAUAGUCCUUCGAAAGAGAGAUUUGUAUGGGUCUCAAUGUCUGGAGUUCCUAUUUCGGCAUGGUCAGAAGAACUGUUCAUCUUCGUUGGCAAUAGCCUGGGUAAGUCAAUUGCAGUACAUCCAUCGGUUAUUUCCAAGGACCGUAUGGACUCAGGUUCAGUCCUCAUUUCAGCAGGGUUUAACCGCAUUGAAUGCAUUAUUCCUAUCAUGAUUAAAGGUGUUUCAUACCUGAUCCAUGCGCAUGAAACAGAAUUUCCGGUUAUUACAAGUAGCUCUACUGCUGAAUUUUCAGAAUCUGAUUCUGAUUCUAAAUCAGUUUCCUCGUCACCUGCAUUCUUCAAUGAUGAUUUAUCUGGGAAACGUUCAAGAGCAACUUUGGUUCCUUCUACAGUUUCAGAAACUCCCUACAUUGCAAUGGAUUUAACCAAUAUAACUCAGCGCAAGAAUAGAGAUCGCAGUGGUGAUACAGACAGCCCUUGCACCAGCGAACGAUUUAAGUGCCCUUCUAAAGAUGAUUUAGAAGUUGCAAGAACUGUUGAGGUCGGUAUGAAGAUGGGAGUUUUUGAACAACAGCAUGAAGCACAGUUCAAAGAUCUAAUAACUAAAGAAAUUGCUAGGGAUGCCUUAAAUCACUCUUAA